UUUUUUUUUUUUCUCUCCUUUUAGUUGUUGUUUCUUCUUCAUCUUCAUUAUUAUUAUUAUUAUUAUUAUUUUUCUUCUUCUAUGGCCACACUAUGAUCUAUCGUAACGCUUUUGUCUAGUUAGAUCUUUUUUUUUUUUUGGUUUUUUUCCUCGGCAUGGCUGACGAUAAGGAAAUGUCUACCCCUGUUGUUGACCGGAACGAUCCCGUCACUGGUCACAUAAUUUCCACAACUAUUGGUGGCAAAAAUGGAGAACCUAAACAGACCAUUAGUUAUAUGGCAGAGCGUGUAGUUGGAACAGGAUCAUUCGGGAUUGUUUUCCAGGCAAAAUGUUUGGAAACGGGAGAAACUGUGGCUAUAAAGAAGGUUUUACAAGACAGGAGAUAUAAGAAUCGUGAACUGCAAUUGAUGCGUGUGUUGGAUCACCCGAAUGUGAUUUCCUUGAAGCAUUGUUUCUUUUCCACGACAACGAAAAAUGAGCUUUUCCUUAACUUGGUUAUGGAAUAUGUACCAGAGAGCAUGUAUAGGGUUUUGAAACAUUACAGCAGUGCUAAUCAAAGAAUGCCACUUAUAUAUGUGAAAUUAUACACAUAUCAGAUAUUCAGGGGGCUUGCAUACCUCCAUAGUGUUGUUGGAGUUUGCCAUAGGGAUCUGAAGCCUCAAAAUCUUUUGGUUGAUCCUCUGACUCACCAGGCUAAGAUUUGUGAUUUUGGAAGCGCAAAAGUGCUUGUCAAAGGUGAAGCUAACAUUUCAUACAUUUGUUCGCGUUUCUAUCGGGCCCCGGAACUCAUCUUUGGUGCCACUGAAUACACAACCUCCAUUGAUAUCUGGUCUGCUGGUUGUGUUCUUGCUGAACUUUUGCUGGGCCAGCCAUUGUUUCCUGGGGAGAAUGCUGUGGACCAGCUUGUAGAGAUUAUCAAGGUCCUAGGUACACCCACUAGGGAAGAAAUUCGCUGCAUGAAUCCCAAUUACACGGAUUUUAGGUUUCCACAGAUUAAAGCACAUCCAUGGCAUAAGGUUUUCCAUAAAAGGAUGCCUCCCGAAGCAAUUGAUCUUGCUUCACGACUGCUGCAGUACUCCCCAAGUCUUCGUUGUACAGCUCUUGAAGCAUGUGCACAUCCCUUCUUUGAUGAGCUUCGAGAACCUAACGCUCGCCUACCAAAUGGGCGACCUUUACCACCACUAUUCAACUUUAAACAGGAAUUAUCUGGGGCUUCACCGGAGCUCAUAAAUAAGUUGAUUCCUGAUCACGUGAAACGGCAAAUAGGACUUCAACAUUUCAUGCAUCCGCCUGGGACAUGAGACUUCAAAACCGUUUUCAAAUUCGAUGUCUGUAGUUUGAUGCGUGACACAAAAAGAAUUACUAUCUUUGGAUUAUCAUCAGUUGAUUUGAGGCCUAUCUGGCAUCAUUUUGUACGCUUCCACAACACAUACGGCCUUUGGCAGUGUGGUGGCUGCCUUCUCUCGAUCCAUAUAUGUCAAUGAUGCCUCUCUUGCUCUUGUAUUCUAUGAGUCUACUUUUUGUCAAAAUGCUUUUUUUUUAGUCGUGUACAUGUAACAUGUUAGAUACUAAAAAGUAAGAUGGAUGAACCGGAAAGCUGCGAGUCGAGGAAAAGUUAAGAAGUCUAUUUGUGGUUAGGAAAUGUACCCGAAGCUAAAAGGGGAUGGCUUUUCGGUUUGGUUACUUUCAUUUGUUCUUUGUUUUAAGUUAAUUCUGGUGGCUGACUAAAAUUGCAGACAAUUGUUGUUACUGUUUGUUCCAAGUAAUGUUAUUACUCUUUUUCUACCA